AUGAAAGAAUUUCUUAAUCUUAAAGUCCUUUCGCUGGCGUGCGUCUUGGUUCUUAAGAUGUGUGUGGCAGUGCCGGUUCUUACGUCUUACGGUAGAGACACCGAGCGCUUUACGAGAGGGGUAUCGGCAGCAGACAGCGGCGUGGUCCGCAUACGGCAGCUGUACUGUCGCGGUAACGGGUUUCACCUGCGGAUAGACGCCAACGGGACUGUAGCAGGGACGAGGGAGGACAACCAUCCUGAUUCCAUCAUGGAGCUGUUCCCGGUAGUGGACGCCUCCCUGUCGCCCUUCCACCGUCCGUACAGCGGGGAGGUGAGGAUCAUGGGACUGAACACGAGGUUCCACCUGUGUAUCAACAACAACACCGGGCAGCUCUACAGCUCCGAAGUUUCCGGACCAGAAUGUGUGUUUCAAGAGACUCUGGAGGAAAAUGGCUACAACACCUACUCCACAAACACCCUGCCGGACUCAGAUUCCACCGUACAGCGCUUGUACCUGGCCCUGGGGAGACGAGGCCGGCCCAGGCGGUUCAACAUCACCGUAGACACCGUAACAACAGCAGAGCCCGACACGGACUCAGGACCGUCUCUCACGCAAAAACAUAACCACACAAGAUCGACCAUGCUGUUGAGAAGGUUGUUGGGUAGAAGGUGGAAGUUAGCCCUGGCUGGAGGUGUCAUCGUCAUAGUGAUUAUUCUGAUCGGCGCUGACGUCUUCGGAGAGCGAGACGCCAAGACUGCCCUUCAUAGACGUGAGGAGAGCGCAAAGGACUCUAAACACAUUCGAGGUAUGAAGGAGCUGGAUGAUGUUCCCCCAGCAGACAGAAGAAGAGAAGACCUGUUUUACGUCCCCCCGGAGCCGCGGUUAGGUCAGCUCUUCCACAUGACAGACAAGAACGACACCAAGUUCACCUUCAGACAGAACCCCAACUGGAGAAACUCUACAUGUCCCAGAAGUCUACAGAGAAAAGCCUUUUUAUCAGAAGAGUUUGGUCCCAUCUUCAGACCAGACACACAGAUGGUGAUCAACAGCAAGUUGUUUAAUGUAGAUGAGUACUGGAGAAUGAAGCCCUGGGCAACGCCGUUUGGGUACAACUACAAGGAUAACAUCACUUAUGAAGAGGUCCGAGAUGUACUGAACAUGUUUCCAGCGGACGAUACCAUCUUCAACUUUAAGGGGAGGAGCAGGCCCCAGUGUAUCACCUGUGCCGUCAUUGGCAAUGGUGGGAUGUUGAACGGCUCCAAGAACGGGGAGGAGAUUGACAGGCAUAACUAUAUCUUCAGGGUGAACCAUGCCCUGACAAAGGGGUUUGAAGAAGACGUGGGCAGUAGGACGACUCACUACGUGUUCUAUGACCGUUCUCUGGUCGGUGUGAAGGCAGAUGACUACCCUAUCAGUAAGGACAUCACAUAUAUAUUUGUGCCAUGCAGAAAGGCAGACUUUUCAUACCUCAAGUCAAUAGCAGAACGUAAGAACAAGUUUGCAGUGCCACCGGAAAAUGUACGCAUCAUCCAUCCUGACUGGAUGAGAUAUAUCCACUAUGUGUGGAUGAGAGUGAAGUCGUUCCGCCCCACUACGGGUGGCAUCAUGGUCAUGGCAGCUCUCAACUCCUGUGACAAGCUUAGCCUGUAUGGACUUGGCUACAAUACCAAGUACAGCCACUACUACUACGACAAGAAGUACAAGGCGUUUAAGCCUGUGCUUGGAAGCCACGACCACAGAAAAGAGAUUAAACUUUGGGACAGUUUGGAUAGGGAGGGCAUCACGUACUGGUACAGAAGAGAUGUUUUUUGAGAACAUUUUUAGAAGAGUUGAAGAAAGAGCUAUGUGUUUUAUUUAGGUGUUACAAUCACAGUACAAAGUACAAAUCGUUCAAGCCUGUACCUGGAAGCUACAACCACAGGAAAGAGAUUAAACUUUGGGAUGGCUUGGAUUUUUUUGAGAACAUUUAUAAAAAAGUUAAAUAAAUUAC